AUGAACAUUCAGAGUGACACAAAAUUUCAAGAACUCACCUUAGACACAAAUGAUCCCGACGUGAAGAGACUUUACUUUGAGAAACUGUACACACAGCCGAUUGGUCGGGCAUUCACGUCAAAUGAAGUUGGAGUUGCCAAUAUACGCAAAGGCUUACACGCCUUCCAGUCAGACGCAGAUGUUUACAAAGUGAUGAGUGAUACCUUUGAGGAACACGAAAAAUGCAGAUACAAGGAGAUCGUUGUUUUUGUAACAAACUGCCUUGCUUACCCCGUAAGGAAGGGGUCCCAAUACAAGGAGUUUAUUGCAAGAAAGGCUCGCUGGUUGAGAGAAAUCGGUUUUGUUGGUCGGGAAUAUAAACGCUGGUAUCACCAAAAGCCAAAAUGUGCAGACAAUAGCCAGGGUUUUGUAAGUGUUCGGAUCCAAGACUUCUACCCAGCAUUGGUGGUCUUGGCUUAUGGAAUUCUGUUUUCUGUUCUCAUUCUCUUCCUGGAGGUGUUUUAUAACAAGAUUCACCUACGAUGCUGUCAAGCCGGGAGGAAGGCCCCUCUUCUGAUACGGAGCCAACAGAAUAUCAUUGCAAUGAAAUAUAAGCAUUAUAGAUGACUAAACUAAGUCAUUUCGCAGCAGUUUACUGUGAGGCCCAUGUUCCUCACCACAUAAAUGAUGAAACUGUGUUUGACGAGAACAAGAACCUGUUGGGAAUUUUAGGUUAGGGCUAGUGAUCCUGAAGAAAUGUACCAGAAAUCGUGUGAUAUGCUUGUCAAGAUGAGAAAGAAUUGUACUGUGUAUAAUAAAAUACCUGUCAUA